GACAGGGCCCAAUUACAUUUGGCACUUGGAUGCAUACGACAAGCUAAAGCCAUUUGGUAUCUGUAUAAGUGGGUGUAUUGACGGCUUUUCGCGGAAAAUCAUCUGGUUGAACGCAUUUACUACAAGCAGUGACCCCAAAAUCGUAGGAGGCUACUAUAUGGAGGCAGUGGAGAGAACUGGUGGCUGUCCACGGAUUGCCAGAGGUGACCGGGGCACCGAGAAUGUAAAAGUCAGAGACUUUCAGCGUUUUCUCCGUCGCAAUAUACACGACGGUUCUGCCAUUGACAGCUACAUUGAAGGAGCGAGUACAGCAAAUCAGCGAAUAGAAAGCUGGUGGGGCUUUCUCAGGAAGGAGUCGAUUGAGUUCUACAUCUCUCUGUUUGUUGAUCUGAAAGACCGUGGUUUGUUCGACGGUGGAUAUUUGGACAAAAGUCUAAUUCAGUACUGCUUCAUAGGUAUCAUCCAGGACGAGUUGGAUGAGAUGAUCUGUGUGUGGGAUUCGCAUGUCAUCAGACCAUCAAAGAAUGACAGAGUACCAAGUGGUCGACCCAAAAUCAUGUACAUGUUCCCAGAGCUCUAUGCAACUCAUGACUGUGUUUCCUCAGUGGAAAGCGCUGAUGUACAGCUGUGUCGGAGUGGCUGCACAUUUCGACCAGCAGUGCCAUGUGACAUAGACAUCUACAACCUUUGCAAUGUUCUGAUGGUAGAGUCACAGUUGGUUCUCACAGCUGAUGCUUACCAGGCCUUGGAUUUGUACCUGCAUUUGAGGAAUACGAUCAUAUCCUCUCUUUAAUUUGAGAUGGUACUACACAUAUCCAGAUCUAAAUGAUCUGUCCACUGUGCAUUUUUCAUUUGUUUCUUUUUCAGCUUCAUCUUGCUUUCAUCAGUGUGAUAUCUGGGUUUUUUUCCAUAUCUGCUUUAGAAUCAAUAUUUACUGAAGGCAAAAUAUUUGAUUUGAUAAAAAGUAUCACAAAAUAUAUGGUAAUGUUGGAUGUAUUUAUGGCUAUCUGUAUACCA